CUCCUUAAAUUUGUACCAUAAGAAACAGAGUUUGAUUAAACAGAGGAAAUUUAGACAAAUUUGAAGAUGAGAGAUAUCUUGAGAAUAAAGUCAAUUACUGAAUCAUAAUUAUAGAAAGUUUGUAGGGUUUGUUUGAGAUUUUUGAAUUUAAAGAUUAAGAUGUAUUUCAUGUGUGAAGUUCUUGAUGAAGAAGAAAAAGUUGAAGGUCAAUGGGAGAAAGAAAGAUAGCCGCUAAAAUACAAAAUUCAGAUUGAAAUUUGGUUGGGUUUUUGAAGAAUUUUAUCAUUGAUUCAAAAACUGAUCUGGGUUUGUGAAGAAUUUGAAUUUGAAGUAGUAGAUAUUCAAGAAUUUAGUCGCAAAAAAAAGUUUGAUAAGAAACAGAGGAUUUUACUGUAACAGAGCAUUGAAAAUGGAAGGGAUGUCAAUGGCGAUUACUGAUCAUGAAUCUCAGAUAUCAGGAGAACUAGAAUUUGAGUUCGUAAAAUGUAAUUGUUGUGGAAUGAAUGAAGAGUGUUCACAGGAAUACAUAGAAAAAAUUCGAGAAAGAUAUCAAGGGAAAUGGGUAUGUGGAUUAUGCAGUGAAGCAAUUGAUGAAGAGAUUAUCAAGAAACGUAUAUGUAUCCAAGAAGCUGUAAAUCGACAUGAAGAUUUCUAUAAGAAGUUUAGUUGCAGUAGUCCACCUACAAGUCCAAAUCUGGAUUUGAUUUUCGCCAUUAAACAACUUUGUAGAAAAACCUUGGAUUCUCCGAGAGGUUUACGAUCAACUCCGAGUAGUCCGAGUCGCCGGAGUAAUGAAGAUAUUGGUGUUGGGCAUCCACUUGCUCGGUCUGAGAGUUGUUUUUCUUCCCUUGGUAGAUAAAUAAUUCAGAAUCCCUUACCAUUUGCAUAGAGAAGAAAAGAAAAAAAAAAAAGAAUUGCUUCGAGAAGAAAAGAAAAGAAAAAAUGUUAGCUUUUGUAGUGUUUGAUUAGGGUUUUAAAACUCAUAUUUAGAUUGAUGUGAAUGCAUUUCAGCUUAUGGUGAUAUUUAGUUGUUUUAAUUCUACUUUCAAAUGUAAAUAGAUAUGGCUUGACGAAAUUAUGAUUGUUGUUCUUUUAAUUUUUAUGGGUGCAAAAAUGUUAGAAUGCAUGCACG